AUGCUGGUCGGCACGAAUCUUUGCAAUCCGGCCUUAAUGUUCCCGGGUAUUGUACACCCAACAUUCGUACAGACCCAGCCGGUAAAAAGUAUGGUACAAAGCCGACAAGAGUCUAACGAGAGCUCAAUGCCAUCGACUCCCGUGCACGGCGCUUAUGAUGCGAAGCGAACGUCGCCACUAACGCCGGCCGAGAGGACCGGAGCGCCGCCCGGAGCCGGCAAGGACGCCGUCAAACUUUUUAUCGGUCAAAUACCGAGGCACCUCGAAGAAAACGAUCUGCGACCAAUGUUCGAAGAGUUCGGAAAGAUUUACGAGCUGACCGUCCUCAAGGAUAAGCACACGGGAAUGCACAAAGGUUAG